AUGACGAACGAGUCCCACAGCCCCAGCUUAAACUCCCCCUCAAAACCGCGUCUUCAUCUCCCUCCUCACAGCCGCCACCGGCUUCACCCGCCGCCGCGACGGACGUCCAACCGCCGCCUCUUCUCCUUCCUCGACCCCCUCCGCUCCCCCGACCGCCGCCCCGUCAACGGGUCCGCUCGCGCGACGUCUCCGUGGACCCCGCCCCAACCUCUGGUUCCGCCUCUUCCUCUCCCUCCGGGCUGCGGCGGGGGGCCCCGUCGUGUGUUCUUCCGGGGCGGUUUCACCUUCCUCUCGCCAGCGAGCCGCGUCUACGACGACGUUUGCCGCAGGCUGGCCCGCGAGUAGCAUCCUGCUCAGUAUGUUGAUGGUUUUGAUGUCCUCCGGUUUCUCGAUAGCGCCGAUCUGAGCUCAGUUGAGAAUGGACCUGCAGGUUUUGCGAGUGCCCAAUCCGAUAGCUCCGCUAUGCUCGCCGAUCUCCACCUAGAUCUGUCCAACUGCUUCCUGAUGGGGGACAGCGCCGGCGGCAACAUCGCUCACCACGUGGCGAAAUACUACGCGGACAGCACGAGAGAAUGGAAGAGAGUCACCCUGCGCGGGCUGAUGAAUAUACCGUUUCCGAAGGCGAGGAGAGGACGGAGGCGAGCCGAGGUGAAGGGGGCCCCGCUGGUGUCGACGGAGGCACGGACUGGCACUGGAGGGCGUUCCUGCGGAGGGAGCGGACAGGGACCACGGGGCGCGCGAACGUUUUCGGCGGGGAAGGGAGGGGCGGAGGAGCCCCUUGGGGAGGGUUCCGAGGCGGCCGAUGGUCGGUCGACGGGGGCUGGACCGCCUGCAGAUCGGCAGCAGGAGUACGCGACGAACGGCUGCGAGGACGAGGAGCAGGAGGAGGUGAGGGUGGUGGAGUACGAGGACGGAGUGCACGCUUUCUACGUGUUUCCGGAGUUGAAGGAGAGUGGGAUGCUGGUUGGGGAGAUCAGGGGGUUUAUGGAGACUCACAAGAGGAAAGAUUGAGCGAAGAAAACGAUGGUCGUAGGAUGUUCUGAACCAAACAGAAAGACGAUGGAUUAUACAACUUGUGCCUUAUCCCUCCGCGUGAGGCCCAAAGUGCCUUCCAAAAUGCGAGGCGUUGAGGUAGAAUUUGUACUCCGAGGACUUUAGAGGGUUGUAUAUUAUUUCAGGGCUCAAAUUAAAUGUGUUUCAAGAAAUAAGAGAUUUUAACGUAUUUCAUUUCAUUUCA